AUGGCUGGCUCCGUAGCUCCCCACGCUGUGGUCCUCGGUCUCCUCCUGCUCGCGGGGCUCGCGGCGGCGCAGAGGGGGACGACGCCGGCGGCGGCGGCGGCCCCCGCGCCCGACCCCGGCUGCAACGGCAUCGAGCUCACGUACAACUUCGGGGACCGCACCAAGAUCCGGCCCUUCGUCAGCGACAAGAACAAGCAGCCCUACGCCUUCCGCGCCAACGUCACCGUGCGCAACUCCGGCACGCGCUCGCUCAAGUCGUGGGCGGCGCUCGUCACAUUCGGCUACGACGAGAUCCUCGUCGGCGUCGACGGCGCCGUGCUCACGGGCGGCGGCGACCUGCCGUACAACACCACGGAGGACGCCGGCAACGCCACCUCCUUCUCCGGGUACCCGCAGACGGACCUCCUCACGCCCAUCGCCACCGCCGGGGACCUGUCGCAGAUCCAGGCCUCCGUCGGCAUCGUCGGCACGCUCUUCGCCGGGCCCGGCUUCGACCCGCUCCCCACGGCGCUGUCGCUGGACGACCCGGCCUACGCGUGCCCGGCGGCGACCAACCUCACCUCUAAGGCCUACCCCUCCAGCUACCUUGCGCUCGUCACGCUCGAGAACAACGCCAAGCUCGGCCGCCUCGACAACUGGCGGCUGUCGUGGGAGUGGCGGCGCGGCGAGUUCAUCUACUCCAUGAAGGGCGCUCACCCAUCAGAGGUGGACACCUCGGGCUGUAUCUAUGGGGCGCCUGGGCAGUACUACCAGAGCCUUGAUUUCUCGCAGGUGCUCAAUUGUGACCGCAAGCCGGUGAUCCUUGACCUGCCGCUGUCCCGGUACAAUGACACCCAGAUUGGGAAGAUUGACAACUGCUGCAGGAAUGGGACAAUCUUGCCCAAGUCCAUGGAUGAGGCACAGUCGAAAUCGGCAUUCCAGAUGCAAGUUUUCAAGAUGCCACCAGACCUGAACCGGACUAAGCUAUUCCCCCCUUCCAAUUUCAAGAUCGCCGGUGCAUCAUCGCUGAACCCAGACUAUACCUGCGGCCAGCCAGUGCCUGUCAGCCCAACUGCGUUCCCAGACCCGAGCGGGCUUGACUCGACGACGCUUGCUGUGGCAACAUGGCAGGUGGUGUGCAACAUUACCACAACAAAGGGGGCCAAGCCCAAGUGCUGUGUGACCUUCUCGGCGUACUACAACGACUCAGUGAUCCCCUGCAACACCUGCGCCUGUGGGUGCCCUGCAAACAGGCGAGGUCCAACGUGCAGCACGACUGCACAAUCCAUGCUCCUGCCACCGGAGGCGCUGCUUGUGCCAUUCGACAACCGCUCACAGAAGGCGUUGGCGUGGGCUGAGCUGAAGCAUUACGAUGUGCCCCGGCCAAUGCCUUGCGGUGACUUCUGUGGCGUGAGCAUCAAUUGGCACGUAUCGACAGACUACAGCAAGGGCUGGAGCGCUCGGGUGACAUUGUUCAACUGGGAGGAUGUCGACAUGGCCAAUUGGUUUGCUGCCAUCGUCAUGGACAAGGCGUACGACGGCUUUGAGAAGGCGUACUCAUUCAACGCCACCGCAGUGGGCAAGAACACAAUCUUUAUGCAGGGUUUGGAGGGGCUUAGUUACCUGGUGAAGCAGACCAACAUGAGUGGGAUCGACUACCUUGUGCCCGGUAAGCAACAGUCAGUCCUCUCAUUCACCAAGAAGCUGACCCCGGGGAUAAAUGUUGUUGCUGGAGAUGGCUUCCCAACAAAGGUCUUCUUCAAUGGCGACGAAUGUGCUAUGCCGCAGAGAAUUCCAAUGAGCAGUGGGUUCGGCAACCGUCUCAGCCGUGGCCUUGCUUUGGUCUUGUUCCUUGCUGCUUCGGCUUUCCUAUUGCUUCAGCAAUGA